GCUAUAUAUUGAGUGAAUUAUGAACUAAAAACCGUGCGAAAAGAUGACCGCCGAUACGCAAAUUACGAAACUGAUCGAGGAAAUUCUGUGCGAGAACACAAACGACUAUGACUACGAAGGCCCGAUACUGGACGAUGCGGAAGUGCAGCGGCGUGCCGAGGAGGGAAUGAAGAAGUUUGCCACAGCAUUCGCUGCCAUGUCCCAGGAGGUGAAGGAGAAUGCCCUGCGGUCCUAUUUGAUUCAUGUGGCUGGAAUCAACCAUCGGAACAAGGUGCACAAGCACCUGCAGGUGCUGAAGGAUCUGGUCGGGAAGAACAUUAUUCCGGCGCGGUUGUUGUGCGAGCAGAUUAUGAGUUCGGAGAAGCUGGCCUACCAGAACCAGAGCUUCUGGAUCGAGUGCUUUCAGGUUGUCCGGCGGGUCAUCGGCGGCGUCGACUACAAGGGCGUCCGGGAGAUAAUGAAGUGCUGCAAGGAGAAGGCACUGUCGUUCCCGUCCGGAAUCGGUUCCAGCGUCCUGCCGCAGAUGCUGGAACUGACCGAGGUGAUUGAGCAUAUCUUCAACCGGAAUGCGUGUCUUCUUCCGGCGUACUUUAUCAUAAACGAGAUCCAGAAGGCGGACUACCAGGACACCCACUGGCGGAUAGCCAAUCUGAUUGCGAACUUCAUCGAGGAGUUUGUGAUCGUAGCGCAGAUGUUGUCGAUCAUUGGCCACUCGUCGAUGCUGCCGAUCGUGGAGCACUCGUCCUACGCGGACAAUCUGAUCAACCCGUGGAAGCUGGAUCCGAACACGUUGAAGCUUGCGCUGAGGGGAAACUUACCGUACGAACCGGAGUUGCUGCAGCCGCAGAUCAAACUGCUGCGGUUCGUGCUGGAGCAGCCGUAUUCCAGGGACAUGGUCUGCUCGAUGUUGAAUUUGCAGAAAACGCAGAAGCAAAAGUGUGUGGCUCUGGAGGAGCAGCUGGUUUGGUUGGUGAUCUGUGCGAUGGAAUGCUCGGAGAAGGAACCGGUCCAUUCGGUGGACGGGGAGAUUUCCAGCCACACCCAGUGGGUUUGGCUGCACUUGAGUUCGCAGUUGAUCUACUUUGUGCUGUUUCAGUUUGCAACAUUCCAAAACAUUGUCAAUACGCUGCACGAUAAGCUUGCGGUGAGGAAUUUACGGCGCGGACGGGAUCAUCUGAUGUGGGUGCUGCUGCAGUACAUAUCCGGAAGUAUUCAACGGAAUUCGAUAACUAAUUUCUUGCCGAUUUUGAAGCUGUAUGACAUUUUAUACCCGGAGAAGGAGCCUCUUCCGGUGCCGGAUUACAACAAUCCUCUGUGCACCCACCAGAUGGCACCGACUUGCAUUUGGAUUCAUCUGUUAAAACGAGCUCAAUCCGAGCACUACAACAUCAAUCGCCCAAUACCGACGGCCCUGAAGCUGCAUCACGAAUUCCUGCAGCAUUUGGUCAUGCCGAACAACAAUACCACUCUCUGCAUGGGCUCCGACUACCGUUUGGCCCUGCUCUGCAAUGCCUACUCAACCAAUCCGGACUACUUCUCACGUCCGAUGGCAGCGCUGAUCGAAACCAUACUGGGAAAUUCCAAAAACCAAUCCGGAGCCGGUGGCAGUCAAUCGCUCCCAACCGUUCCGCUCUCCAUGUGCGUCCUGGAUAGCCUAACCAUCCACAGCAAGAUGUCCCUGAUCCACAGCAUCGUAACGCACAUGAUCAAGCAAGCGCAGAACAAGAGCACCAUCCCGAAUGCUAACAACAUGGCACCGGCACUCGUCGAAACCUACUCCCGACUGUUGGUGUACACCGAAAUAGAAUCCCUCGGGAUCAAGGGAUUCCUCAGCCAGCUGCUGCCGCAGGUCUUCAAAUCGCACGCCUGGGGAAUUCUGUACACUCUGCUUGAGAUGUUCUCCUACCGGAUGCAUCACAUCCAACCGCACUACCGGGUGCAGCUGCUGUCCCAUCUGCACUCGCUCGCGUCCGUCCCGCACACCAAUCAGAUGCAGUUGCAUUCCUGCGUGGAAUCUACGGCCCUUCGACUGAUCACCGGUCUCGGUUCGGUCGAAGUGCAAGCCCAGCUGUCGCGGUACGUAAACGAGCCGAAAACCCCCGGCAAUAUCGUGUCGGCCGAGAGCGAAGAACUGAACCGGGCACUGAUUCUAACGCUGGCCCGGUCGAUGCAAAUCACCGGCACCGGAAACGAUCCCCAGUCCAGUACCUGGUGCAAAGACCUCCUGAACAGCAUCAUGCAAAACACGCCGCACACCUGGUCGCAGUAUACGCUGCAGUGCUUCCCGCCGGUGCUGAAUGACUUCUUCGUGCAGCACAACGUGCAGAAAGAGAACAAGCAACUGCUGAAGAAGUCCGUGGACGAGGAGUACCGGAACUGGGCGUCCAUGUCCAACGAAAAUGACAUCAUAGGACACUUCGGGACGGCGGGGACGCCCGGCACGCCGCCGUUGUUUUUGUGCUUACUGUUCAAGAUGAUCGUCGAAACGGAUACCAUCAGUCCGGUGGCUUACAAAAUCCUCGAACGCAUCGGCGCCCGCGCCCUGUCGGCCCACCUGCGCAAGCUGUGCGACUACCUCGUGUUCGAGGUGUCCAACUCCGGCGUCAGCGCGCACGUCAACAAGUGCGUCGACACCAUCAAUGACAUGAUCUGGAAGUACAACAUCAUCACGAUCGACCGGCUGGUGCUGUGUCUCUCGCUGCGAACCCUCGAAGGCAACGAAGCCCAGGUCAGCUUCUGCAUCAUUCAACUUCUUCUGCUAAAGACAUCGGAAUUCCGCAACCGUCUGCAGGAGUUUGUCAGCAUCAAUUCGCCGGAACACUGGAAGCAGAACAACUGGCACGAACGCCAUCUGGCGUUUCACCAGAAGUUCCCGGAGAAGUUCACCCCGGACGAAUCGGUUUCGCAUCCAUCUCUGCCGGUGUACUUUGGCAACGUGUGCUUGCGCUUCCUACCGGUGCUGGACAUUACAAUCCAUCGCUACCUGGAGGUACCGGCAGCGAUGAGCAAGACGUUGGAUGUUCUGCUGGAGCACUUGGGACCGCUGUACAAGUUCCACGACCGACCGAUCACCUAUCUGUACAACACGUUGCACUACUACGAGCGGAUGUUGCGCGAUAGGUCGUCGCUGAAGAAGCGAUUGGUUGGAACGGUCAUCGGUUCGCUGAAGGAUGUUCGUCCGGACAAUUGGGCCGUAACGGAGCAGUAUCAGUCGUACAUGUCCAAGAAGGAUGAAACGGUCAACUGGAUACCGGAUCUGAACUACUUCAUAUAUCUCGUUCGGCGGAUGCAGGACACCAUCGACGGAACGAACGUCUUCCCCGGAACGGACUGGCGCUUCAAUGAGUUCCCGAACCCUCCGGCCCACGCUCUGUACGUAACCUGCGUGGAGCUUCUAGGUCUACCGGUGGGGCCGCAGGGCGUUGCCAACAGUCUGAUCGAUGUGGUCGUGAAAGGGUACCCGGUAAUUCCGGCCCAGAGCGUCCACAGCUGGAUCAACACGAUCGGAUUGAUUAUGGCCGCCCUGCCGGAGUCCUACUGGGGAGUGAUCUACGAACGCUUGCGGGAGGUCAUCAGCUGCCCGCAGAUGGUGGAAUGGAUCCACCGGCAGAGUCCGUUCGAGCUGUUCAAUUUCAAAAUCGUCCGGGAAGCCAUGCUGGAGAAGAACUACGUGGUGAUCUUGGCGAUCGCGCAAAGCAUUCUGCAUCACAGCGGAAUCGGACAGAUCUCGACCGUUACCGAUUUCAUCAAGGAAAAGUUCAAACCCAUCAUCAAAACCGAGUACCAACUGAUCUACCUGUGUCACCUGGUUGGUCCAUUCCUGAACCGUCUCAGUACCGAGCGCCCCCGGGCCGUUUCCGACAUCACCCUAAUCCUGUACGAACUGCUCGAACAGGUUGACAAAGCGCAGGCUUCGGCACCGCUCAAGUACAUGGAUCCGAUCUGUGACCUGCUGUAUCACAUCAAGUACAUGUUCAUCGGUGACAUGAUGAAGUCCGAUCUGGAGGCGAUCAUCCGGCGAUUGCGGCCUGCACUGCAGAUGCGCCUUCGGUUCAUUACCAGGUUGAACGUCGAUGAGAUUGGGGUCGAUCAGCACAAUGUGGACACGGCGGGGCAGAACGGGUCUCAACAAGUCCAGCAGCAGCCUCAAGCCGCAGGCCAGCAAGGACAACCUGGCCAAUCGGCGGCUUCGCAACAACAACAACAACAACCACCGCAACAGCAACAAGUGCAACAACAACAGCAAGUGUAACAAUAGUAAC